AUGGAGGCAUCAAACCAAGAUUACGAAGAUGAGCAAGCACCCAAUGAAAGCAGGUCUGCAGAGACGAGCAAAAAAGAGACCAACGAUGCACCCAAAGUCGAGAAGAAGGUGAGUAGUAAAAGCUUGACCAAAGCACCUCCGACUGCCAAGUCCCAAGGCUCCACCCAAGAUAAUGCUGGUGGUAACGAGGAGCAGAAGGAUUUAAUGAAGAUGAUAGUACAGAUGAAUAGAAAGCAAGCCUCACAACAGUCUGAGGGCCAUGCUAUCUUGGUCGGGACAAAAUCUUCCGGGAAAUCGACUUUGAUCCAACGAUGCAAGAGCUCUGACAAAGACGACGAACUACAACCAACAAUUGCCCUUGACUACUCGUUUGCUCGAACCGUCGACAAGGGCAAGACAGGAAACAAGGAUGUGGCACAUUUCUGGGAGGUUGGAGGAGGGACAUCUCUGCCUGAUCUGUUGGAUGUGCCAUUGAAUGAGAAUAAUCUCAAGAAUGUUGCGUUCGUUAUAGUCGCAGAUCUCUCCAAACCGAGCGAGGUUAUCGCAGUGGUGCAAUUCUGGUUGAGGAAGCUUGAGAGGAGGAUACAGACUUUAGAGCAGAUAUGCAAGAAGGACCCGAAACAAGCGAAACUCAUCGAGAUGCUCAAGGACAGGUCGAUCAGGCGAUUCGGCGAUGGGGGGGAGAAGCACAAGGACAUGCAGGGACCCUUGAGCAACUUGUUCAAGAUUCAUCCCGUCAACAUUGUGAUCGUAGCGAGCAAAUAUGAUGAGUUUGCACACAAAGAUCCGGAGCUGAAGAAGGUCAUGAGCCGGACUCUUCGUUUCCUGGCUCAUACAAACGGGUCAUCGUUGCUGUACACGUCGCAGAAUGAAAAACAGCUCAUCUCGAAUUUCCGCCAGAUCCUGAGUCAAUAUCUCCUCAAGGGCCAGCAAGUGAGGAAGGAGCAGAGGGUUGUAGAUCAUCUCAAGCCUCUCCUGGUUCCAGCGGGUAGCGACUUGUUGGAGGAUAUCGGAGCACCUCCGGUGGACGUGUCGUCUCUAGAUCGCUCCAAGCUGUCGGACCCGCUCCAUCUUUGGCUGCACUACUUCGAGAGUUGUUUUGGGGAGAUCCCAUCGCUGCAUGCUGACGAAGGUCCCGCUUUCAUCUUGGAUCCUAAGGGGCAGUACAAGGAGGCUUCGAUCGACAAGGCGCUUGCUUACAAGGAGGAAGAUCUCAAGAUGUAUAAGGAGAUGCAGGAGAGGGAGAAAGAGGAGCAGGCCAAGGAAGCCAAGCCUCCACCGACUCGUAAGGUGUCCAAAGCACCUUCAAUAAGGUCGAAACCAAAGUCAAACGCGCCCAGUCAAGAAUAA